CCAUUUGGCCUUAGAUCAGUUUCAGAUUCACCAAGUUCAAGCCUUUUGGUUCUCUUUCAGACAGUUCCAUUGACGUGAGAUCGGUUUCUAAAGCUUCUGUUUGGUUAAGCGGAUUAUGUUAUCCCGGAGUUGCUAAUAAAAUAGUGCGUUACGAAAGAAAGACAAUGGCGUGAAGUUUGAAGAAAAAAAAAAUAGAGAAGGGGCAAAAAGAAAUCUGCUGUAUUGCUUGCAAAUUGCAAUAGCUGGAAUCAAGAACUGAGGGAGAGAGAGAGAAAACGCUGUUCGCUCUCCUCCGUCUCUGUGAUUUGAUCCUAUAACCACCAAUCGCAGACCCCACACACCUCUUUCUCUUUCUCUUUCUCUUCCACGAGAAUGCCAGCUUCUGAAGAGAGGCGCGGGAGAUGGAAGCGGAGGCGGCGAGGCGGAUUGGCGGCGAGGAAGCCAAAGCAGGAGGAGGACGAUGUGGAAGACGAAGAGGAAGAGAAUAACAACGAUGAGGCCGAAGACGUCGACAAUGCGGCGGAGGAGCUGCAGCAGAACGGCGGCGGUGGUGCGACGUCGGAUCGGGGCCCCGGCCAGGGCGAGGUGCUCGAGGAAAGUGGUGCCCGUCUCUCCGACUUCCCCACGGUGGUAAGGCACGUUGUGGUACGGCCGCAUCCGUCUGUUACAGCGAUUGCGGCGGCGGAGAGGGCUGGUUUGGUUGGGGAGACCAAAGGGCACGGUUCUCUCCCGGCUUUGGAGAAUGUUUCUUACGGACAGCUUCAGGCGUUGUCUUCUGUGCCGGCAGACUCUCCUGGACUUGAUCCUGAAAGGGAGGAUGGGUCUUAUGUUAUCUCUCCCCCUCCUAUCAUGGAAGGAGAAGGAGUUAUUAAGCGGUUCGGGGAUCGUGUUCAUGUCAUGCCUAUGCAUUCGGAUUGGUUUGCACCCCUCACUGUGAAUCGGCUUGAGAGGCAAGUGGUGCCACAUUUCUUCUCUGGAAAAUCGCCAAAGCAUACACCAGAAAAAUAUAUGGAAUUCAGAAACUCCAUUGUUGCAAAAUAUAUGAGCAAUCCCGAAAAGAGACUCGUGAUGUCUGAUUGCGACGGAUUGGUAGACGGUGUUAGUAAUGAGGAUUUAGCACGGGUUUUCCGAUUUCUUGAUAACUGGGGGAUAAUCAAUUACUGUGCAGAUGCUGAGAGUAAUCCUGAAUCUUCUAGUGAUGUACCGUGUGUUAUGGAGGACCCAAAUGGUGAGGUUCAUGUGCUGUCUGCUGCUCUAAAAUCAAUGGACAGUUUGAUCAAAUUCGACAAACCCAAAUGUAGACACAAGGCGGCUGAGGUCUAUCCAUCCUUGUCAUGUCAUGAUGACGAACCCUCUGAUUUGGACAGCAGGAUUCGUGAGCACCUAUGUGAAAUCCAUUGCAGUCAUUGUUCUCGGCCACAACCAACCAUGUAUUUCCAAUCGCAGAAGAAGGGGGAUGCACUCUUAUGCGCCAAUUGUUUUCACCACGGAAGAUUUGUUAUUGGACAUUCUAGUAUUGAUUUUAUAAAGGUAGGGCCAGCCAAAGAAUAUGUCGAAACAGAUGGAGAUAAUUGGACUGAUCAAGAAACUCUCUUGCUUCUCGAAGCCGUGGAACUCUAUCAUGAAAAUUGGGUUGAGAUUGCGGAGCAUGUUGGGUCCAAAUCGAAAGCUCAAUGCAUCCUUCAUUUUCUCCGAUUACAUGUGGAGGAUGGUCUUUUGGACAAUGUUGAGGUUCCAGGUGUAACCAAAUCAGCACAUUCGGCAAAUGGGUAUGACCAAAGAGGAACAGACUCAAAUGGGGAUCUACCAGGACCAUCUGGUCAGGAUUUGGAUCUGGACAUCAGUCUUCCUUUUGCAAAGUCUCCAAACCCAGUUAUGGCAUUGGUUGCCUUUCUGGCAUCAGCUGUUGGUCCUCGAGUUGCUGCAUCAUGUGCCCAUGCUUCCCUGGCGGCAUUGUCCGAGGAUGAUAGAAUGAAUCCCGAGGGGGUGCAAGGUAGAGAAUCCAGCCUGCCUCUUGGAGAACAUCAGCAGAAUGAUGAAAACGCAAGAGCGCAAGCGACGCCAUUAUCAUGUCAAAACGGAGCAGAGACAACUCUGCUGCCACUUCCACGGGAUAAGAUUAUGCUGGCGGUUAGA